GCUCAGAUCUAAUGGUUCUACCCUCAAACAUCAUCUCCUACUUCAUUUCCAAGUCUACUUCUUAUUCACUACUUUAAUUAAAUCUUUGAUUUUUUUAGAAAAUUUGAGAAUAUUUCCCUGUCUGAAAAACAGCAUAUUUUUUGACAUGCAGUGUUUGCUUACGCCGCAUGUUGAAAACAGCCUACAGCAAUGUACUCUCUUUCCAUCUUCUAAAUGUUCACCACCUAUCUCUUUAAAGUGCCUGAGAUAACAAAGAGGCAUGUCCCAGAAGAAAGAAAGCCUGUUCCUGUCCCAAAAGAAGCUCCACCUGCUAAAGUGCCUGAAGUCCCUAAGAAACCUGUUCCAGAAAAGAGAGUUGCUGUUGCUAAGAAGGAGGUGUCUCCCCCAGUAAAAGUGCCUGAAGUGCCUAAAAAACCUCUGCCUGAAGAAAAGGUACACAUUCCAGUUCCCAAAGCAGAACCUCCACCUGUCAAAGGUAUAUUUAGUGAUGGAGUGUACCUCUCAAAUAUCUUUUUUUUUAAAAAAUGUUUUUUGUUGGUUUUAGUUUCUAUGUAAGUGUAUUUG